AAGUCAGGAGACUUCCAAGCAUCGUGAAGAAACUCUCUGGAAACUUUGGGGAUUCAGGAUUCAAGGCCGCUUUUGGACUUUGUCACUCAGUCUUGUUUUUUUUUCUUCAGCAAAGCAGAAGGGAUUUUUUUCUUUCUUUUUGUCAGUGUGCUUGCAGCAGAAUUUAAAGGGAGAGUCAUGCAGAUGCCUUCGGCGCGCCGCUUCUUGGCUGUGUAUCUCACGCUGUUUGGAUACCUUGGGGACGUUUACGCGGGGGCUGUUCUGAUGAACUCCAACGCAAUCAAAAACUUGCCCGGUGCUGCGCCUGGUAAAGUGGCCGACACUGUCAGUCCAAGUCCGCGCACUUCACCCUCUGGCAGCGUGGGGCACAAAUUACCCGUAGACACCGUGCAGCAGUCAGGUGUUUGCACGGAUGAUGAAGACUGCGGAGGUGAUGAAUUCUGCAACGACGCUCGGGGCGCCUGCCUGCCCUGCCGUAAGAGCCGGAAGCGUUGCGCAAGGGACUCCAUGUGUUGUGCAGGGAACCGCUGCAGCAACGGUGUUUGUCAUCCAAGUGACAUAGAUGGUACAGAUGCAACAAUAACCACUGGCUGGCACAAACACAACAACACCAUGGAGCAUCAAGCUAAGAAGCCUCCCACUGCCCAUGGCUAUCAGCCUCAAGCUGUCAAAGGCCAAGAGGGGGAUACGUGCCUGAGAUCUGCAGACUGCUCAGAGGGUUUGUGCUGCGCCAGACACUUCUGGUCUCGCAUCUGUAAGCCUGUGCUGACAGAGGGCCAGGUGUGUACGCGCCACCGCAGGAAAGGCAACCACGGCUUGGAGCUGUUCCAGCGCUGUGACUGUGGUGAGGGCCUGGCCUGCCGACCAGAGAAAGGAGAGCGAGAUCACAGUGUCAGCAGGACUGCAGCCCGGAACCUACACACCUGUCAAAGACGCUGACACAAACGCAUGGACGCACACAGAGACAGAAAUACACACUCGGACACAGACACACACACACCUAGCAAGCCCACCAAUCAGUCACAGACACUGACAAACACUUCUCAGCCUUGCAUUCACCAGAGAUGCUGACACACACACACACACACACACUGACAUCCAACACCUAAGACAUUCUUUCCUGCCGAAGUUGCUGACACAAACACAUCACCCGGAAGGAUAGACAUGAUUCCUGGAAAAGUGAUACACCCAGAGGGAUGCAACAAUGCAAGAUGGACUGAUCCAAUUCCCCAUUAACAGAUGAGGAAGUUAGGAAGUGACAUUUCAGAAGUAUUGGGAAAAUCGAUUCAUGUCGUCGGUAAUGGCAGAACUGUUUUGUUUCUCUUUUUAUGGAACUUCAAGCCAUGGUUAUUGCAGUAAAUUACUGUAUUGUAAAUAUUAUCCUGGAGGUGGCACUUAAUUGAGCUAUUGAAUUCUGUCAACACCAGUAUUAUAAAGACUUGGUGCUGCAUGCUUUGUAAAUGUGUUAUAUAUAUUGUUUUAUAAAGAAAAUGUUAUCUAUAGAAAAAAAUGAAUAUAUUUGUUUUAUUAAAUGACAUGUGAUAACCUUA